AUGGAGACGCCGCUGACGCCAGCCCCUGGACUGUCCCGUCGUCUGGGCGCGGAAGUCUGGUUGAAGCGCGAAGACCUGCAGCCGGUUUUCAGUUUUAAGAAUCGUGGCGCCUAUAACAAGAUGGCACAAAUGAGCGCUGCUGAGCAGAAAAACGGCGUGAUAGCGGCGUCAGCAGGCAAUCAUGCGCAAGGCGUUGCCGCGGCGGCGCGCCAUCUGGGUAUCAAAGCCACUAUUGUGAUGGGCCGCAAUACACCCAGUAUUAAAGUGGACGCAGUCAAAGCCCGGGGUGCAAAAGUUGUCCUGCAUGGAGAUGGCUUUCCGCAGGCGUCGGCACAUGCCGCGCAAUUGCAGAGUGAAGAUAACCUUACCUUUGUGCAUCCGUUUGAUGAUGUGGAUGUUAUUGCCGGCCAGGGCACCGUGGGUAUGGAGAUUGUUAAUCAGCAUCCUCGUCGGCCGGAUAUCGUUUUUGUACCUGUUGGUGGUGGUGGACUGAUUGCCGGGAUUGCGGCCUACAUCAAGUACCUCUAUCCGAAUACCAAAAUUGUUGGCGUCGAGGUGCAGGGCUCAGCGUGUCUGCACGCAGCCAUGCAGGCCGGGCGCCGGGUGAAGUUACCUCUGGAAACCCUUGAUCUGUUUGCAGACGGCGUAUCUGUGGCGCAGGUAGGCAAAGAAAACUUCAAGGUGGCCAGGAAAUGUGUAGACCAUGUCGUGGUUUGCAGCAUCGACGAGGUUUGUGCAGCAAUCAAAGAUGUCUUUGAGGAAACCCGUGUUGUUGCGGAGCCGGCGGGGGCACUGGCGGUUGCCGGCAUGAAGCGUUAUCUGACGGAAAAUCCAGCGGUGGAUCAAUCCGUAGUCGCCAUUGUCAGCGGCGCUAACGUUAACUUUGAUCGACUGCGACAUAUCUCCGAGCGCGCUGAAAUUGGUGAGCAGCGCGAAGCGAUUCUUGCAGUGACCAUCGAUGAAGAAAAAGGCAGCUUCCUGAAGUUCUGUCGGGCACUGGGUAAACGUUCCAUAACAGAGUUCAACUACCGCUGGGCACGUGAUUCAAAGGCGCAUAUUUAUGUCGGCAUGCAGGUUGCGACGCCGGUCGACCGUGACGACGCCGUGGCUGAACUGUUGCGUCGCGGAUAUGCGGUAGUGGAUAUGACCAACAAUGAGGCGGCCAAACUGCACGUACGCCAUAUGGUAGGUGGGCGCAGUAUCGGCGCGGAGGAAGAACUGUUGUUUCGAUUUGAGUUUCCCGAGCGUCCAGGUGCGUUGUUGCAGUUUCUCAGCGGCGUAGGCGCGCAGUGGAAUAUCACCCUGUUCCAUUAUCGAAAUCAUGGUGCGGCUUAUGGACGUGUACUGGUUGGCUUUGCCGCCAGCGCCGGGGAGCGUCCGAAGCUGCUCAAGUUUCUGCAGCGCAUCGGCUAUCGGUUCUGGGAGGAAAGUGAUAACCCGGCUUAUCAACUGUUUUUGAAGUAG